GCGCUGACCCACUUCCGGCGGCGACGGCGGCGGUGGCGCAGCGGAGCUGAACCCCGGGAGUUGGCGGGCCGUGGGGCACGAUGCCGUAUGCUAACCAGCCCACCGUGCGGAUCACGGAGCUCACCGACGAGAAUGUCAAGUUCAUCAUUGAGAACACGGACCUGGCGGUGGCCAACUCUAUACGGAGGGUCUUCAUCGCCGAGGUACCCAUAAUAGCCAUUGACUGGGUUCAAAUUGAUGCCAAUUCCUCAGUCCUUCAUGAUGAGUUCAUUGCUCACAGACUUGGACUAAUUCCCCUCACUAGUGACGACAUUGUGGACAAGCUGCAGUACUCCCGGGACUGCACGUGUGAGGAGUUCUGCCCCGAGUGCUCGGUGGAGUUCACCCUUGAUGUGCGGUGCAAUGAAGACCAAACUCGUCACGUCACGUCUCGAGACCUCAUCUCCAACAGCCCCCGGGUCAUUCCAGUGACCUCCCGGAACCGAGAUAAUGACCCCAAUGACUACGUGGAGCAGGACGACAUCCUCAUUGUCAAGCUGAGGAAAGGCCAGGAGCUAAGACUUCGAGCCUAUGCCAAAAAGGGCUUUGGCAAGGAGCAUGCCAAGUGGAACCCUACUGCAGGGGUGGCUUUUGAAUAUGAUCCUGACAAUGCCCUGAGGCACACAGUGUAUCCCAAGCCCGAGGAAUGGCCGAAGAGUGAGUACUCCGAGCUGGAUGAAGAUGAGUCCCAGGCUCCCUAUGACCCCAACGGCAAGCCAGAGAGGUUUUACUACAACGUGGAGUCCUGUGGCUCUCUGCGUCCUGAAACAAUUGUCCUCUCAGCCCUCUCUGGAUUAAAGAAGAAGCUGAGUGAUUUACAGACCCAGUUAAGCCACGAGAUCCAGAGUGAUGUCCUAACCAUAAACUAAGGGCAGCUUACCUGUAACAGCAAGAAAAGGGGCGGCGGGGGGGGGGGGGGGGGGUCGAGGCCAGCAGCUGGCUCUCCGGUCUCUCCAGAGACUCUCUUAGCUUCUGGGGUCUGGACAGCUGUUGCCCAGGCUUCUUGGCAAGCCUCAGUACCCCUAGGCAGGUAGCUCAGGGGAAGUGUCUUCCCCUCCCAGCCUUGCUCCAUUGAAGACAGAUGGCCGGGGUGCCACUGGUAUCUGAGGCAGGACAGUUUUUUACUAGACAUUUAGCAUCCCUGGUCCUACCCCCUAAUUGCCAGUAGCACCCCCAGAACCACCCUUCCAGCCCAUUUCCUGAUGUGCCUGGGCAGGGUCUUCUGCUGAGAACUGCACAGUUGGACGACUCUUCUGGUAAUUUUUGGCCAGAAGUUGGUUUUCACGAUUACACCUUGGCCUUCUGGUGUUUGAGUACUAGAACCCUCAUUCAGGUUGCCCUUCUGGCUCCGGCCUAGAGCCAGCCUACUGGCACUUCACUGAACCCUUAGAAAAUAGUGUUAGAUUCUGGCUGCCCCCCACCCCAGAUGAUAAACCCCAUAUUUCGAACUUCACUGCCAGUGGCCUGAUAUUAAGUUUAGGGACUGUGGAGCAAGGGCCUUAAUGAAGGUCUGGCCUUGACCCCUUAGCCCUCAAGAGGGAGAAUCAUGCCCGGAGCAGUUAAUUAGGCAGUCUGGUAGGAGAAGCCAGGAGAAAACCGGAGACCUGCUAUAGAAAGGAAGGGAUAUUUAUUAACAGUUGUUGUCUUUUUAAAAGUUUUUAUUUUUGGCAAUAAAGAGCACAACAUAAUCUC